AUGAACAACAAGACCUGGCUCCUGCUUGCAAAUCAGACUGCACACAAGUACUGCACCGACAACGAUACCUGGAGCAUCAUUGGGCGGUCCGUGAAUGCGAAUAGGGCAAGUGGCUUCGCAGCUGCCACGGAUUCAUCGACCGGGCUUGUUUAUGUGAUGAACGGAUGGAUCGUCAAUGGAACAACCCCUAUACAGCAGUAUCAGCCGGCAAUCAACAGCAUCAACACCCAAGGUUACGGCUCUGACCAACAGCGCUACCGUCGUCUACAACCUAAACACCAACGUCUGGCAGUCGGAUUUUACAUCAUCAGGUCCCAGCCCAACCGCAACCGCACCUUCAGCAUCUCCCACUAUAUCCCUGCGAUCGUUCCAUCACCAGUAUCCGUCGGGACGAUCGUUGGAGGCGUCGCCGGAGGUCUUGCGGCUGUUGUAGCUGCUGCCGCAUUUCUGUUCUACCGGUGGAAGAGUCGAGACCAGCCCAAAGUACUCUCGAGUUCGAGUGACAGUCAAGUGACCGACGACCAGGACAGAUUGAAGCCAAGAAGCAGUGAAGCUUUUCAGAUGGAGCCGCUCAUGCCGCUUACUAGUCCACAGGAAGAACAAGGAUAUCAGGACCAGCAUGGGUUCCGUCCAAACAGUGGGACACAUAAUUCUGCGCCAGCGUAUUUGUAUCCGAAUACAUCCCCAGGAGGAUCAAGAGAUUAUGGUGCAGGAUAUUCAGGAGUAUCAGCAUCAGCAUCAGGAGCAGCAACAGGAGUUGAAUCUGAUGUAUUCAAGAGAUAUGACAUGAUUUAUCGAUCCAACGAGAUUAUAGUUACGCAGUCGUGGACCACAAACAAUCACACAGUGGGGGAAUAG